UACAUUGCAUUUGGAAAGACUUGUUUGGAGUCGACUGAUCACCGUGAUGCCUGAAGUAGCACCUAAGCCUGCCCCGAAGAAAGGCGCCAAGAAAGCCGUCCUGAAACCGGCAAACAAGAGUGGGAAGAAACGCAGGAGGACCAGGAAGGAGAGUUACGCUAUCUAUAUCUACAAGGUCCUGAAGCAGGUUCAUCCUGACACCGGCAUAUCCUCCAAGGGGAUGGGCAUCAUGAACUCUUUCGUGAGCGACAUCUUUGAGCGCAUUGCCGGAGAAGCUUCUCGCCUGGCUCACUUCAGUAAGCGCCGUACCAUCUCUUCCAGAGAGAUUCAGACCGCUGUCCGCCUGUUGCUUCCCGGCGAGUUGGCCAAGCACGCUGUGUCUGAGGGAACCAAGGCUGUCACCAAGUAUACCAGCGCCAAGUAGAUGGUCAUCGUCUAUUUAAAACCAACGGCUCUUUUAAGAGCCACCCAUUUGUUGUUUAAAAGCUGUUUCCAUUGAUGUUAUUCCGUUUUAGAAGACCAUAUCUGAAAAUCUAAAACAUUAAAGCCUGUGUUGCAGGUUAAC